AUGCUGCUUUUCCAGGAUAUCACCGUGGUGAAAUCCAUGAAGAGCCCCCCUGCAGGCGUCAAGCUAGUCAUGGAGGCGAUCUGCAUAUUGAAGGGCAUCAAAGCCGAUAAAAUCCCCGACCCGACAGGUUCGGGGAAGAAAAUUGAGGAUUUCUGGGGCCCCGCUAAGCGACUUCUUGGUGACAUAAGGUUCCUGCAGUCGCUUCAUGAAUACGACAAGGACAAUAUCCCUCCGGCGUAUAUGAAUAUCAUAAGGAAAAGUUACAUUCCCAACCCAGACUUUGUUCCAGAGAAGAUUCGGAACGCUUCAACAGCUGCUGAGGGUCUGUGCAAGUGGGUCAUAGCGAUGGAUUCCUACGACAAAGUGGCAAAAAUUGUAGCUCCCAAAAAGAUAAAACUGGCUGCAGCUGAAGGGGAGCUGAAAAUCGCUAUGGAUGGUCUCAGGAAGAAGCAGGCUGCCCUGUAUGAGGUCCAGGACAAGCUGGCCAAGCUUCAGGACACGCUUGAGCUGAACAAGCAGAAGAAAGCUGACCUGGAAAACCAGGUCGAUCUGUGCAGCAAAAAGCUGGAGCGAGCCGAGCAGCUGAUUGGAGGCCUGGGAGGCGAGAAAACUCGCUGGAGCAACUCGGCUCUGGAGCUCGGGCAGCUGUACAUCAACCUGACAGGGGACAUCCUCAUCUCCUCGGGGGUUGUCGCCUACCUGGGGGCCUUUACGUCCAACUACAGACAGAACCAAACCAAGGAGUGGUCAGCAUCGUGCAAAGAAAGAGACAUCCCCUGCUCAGAUGACUAUUCUCUUAUGGGCACUCUGGGAGAAGCUGUGACAAUUCGAGCUUGGAAUAUUGCUGGAUUGCCCUCGGACUCGUUUUCCAUCGAUAAUGGGAUCAUUAUAAU